AAGCGGAGCGAGAGACCGGGAAGCAGAGAGAGACGAAAGAGGACUGAGCUUCGCACUCACCGGAGAAAGGGAGACAGAGAAAGAAAGGGAGAGGGAGAAAGAGAAAAGGGAGUGUAAACUGGGAAGGACGGUCGGCUAUGGUCAGCAGACAGCAGGACCGCCUCUGGACCGCGGCGCACCGUGACCAGGCCCGGCCCGCGACCGUGCGGUCGGCUCUGCUGGACCGGAACACCCCGCGCCCCCGCCGCGCGCACCGCGUCCGCUUCCAGGACCUGGAGGAGGACGACGCCGGGGGCGUGGCUCCGGGGGGGCGGGCCGUCCCCGAGCGCCACAGGCUGGGGGCGGGGCCGGGGAGCCCCCACCCAAACCGCAAGAGCCCCCCGGGGGGCGCCAGCAGCAGCUCCGCGGCGGUGGGCGUGGUGCGGGAGGACGUGGCGGGACCCGCAGGUGGCGUGGCGACCGUUUUGGCGAGGGUGCCCCCCCACCCCCUCGCGCCGGGCCCCGCCCGCCGGCCCCUGGCCCCUCCCCCUCCCCUGCCCCUGUCUGUCACUCGAACCCACAGCCACAGCCUGGAGGACGUCAUCGGGACGGAGGGCCCUGAGGACAGAAUGAAGAGGGCCACACCCAACCGCCCGCCCCGCCCCGUUGCAGCCCCACUGCAGCCAAUCUCUCCGCCCCUCCCGCCACUGCGUACCGACUCCUCCCACUGCCCCCCGGUCUCCAUGGUGACCGGGUCUAACGGCCCCGCCCAGAUCAGGAGGCAGAGGCUGGGGAGGGCUCUGAGUGACCCGGGAAACGAAGACCCGCCCCGCCCACCCCGCCCCACGCUGCCCCGCCCCACACUCUCCCACCCUGCGUAG